AUGUGCAUAUUGGAACUGGCAGCCCUUUAUUCACCUUUGUCACAGCUUACCCUGGCUCCUGUCUAUGGAUCAAUCCCAACAUCCGCUUUUCACCAUGAGAUUACCUCUGUUAUCGUUCUAUUGUCCCUCACUCGAGCCAAUAUGCUCUCGCGCUUCAUGCCAGCCAAUAUUGAAUAUUAUAUUCCGAUCUUGGCCUCAAGCAUUCCGAUGAUCCAAUCACACCUAUUCAAAUACAGUACCCAGCUUGGUGUAGAAUCUGGACCUCUUAUUACCGAGGGCCUCACUUACUACCCUCUACUACUAAUGAGCACUUACUCAGCGGCUCGUUUACUCCUGGACGCCAAGAUCGACCAAUACCUACACGCUGCUAUGGGCUCUACCAUACUUGGCCUCUCAACUUAUGGAUUCUUUGUGCUGGUUCGAUCCAAAUCUAGCUUUCUAAUUUCUCAGUUCUUCGCAUUUUCUGCUACGUUCACCAGAGUGACCCUUCAAUGCGCUAUCGGUGCCUUGUUCACCAUCCUGUCACCAUCAAAGUUGAGCCUCCUUGCUAUUCCCGCCAUGAUUCACACUACAUGGUUCAACCCACAUUUCGUGUCACCACACACGGACGCCUUAGCCAAUUCGACCCUGCAAGCCAACCAGUGGAAUCUGCUGGAGCGUGCCGAGUCUAAUACUGGCUACAUUUCGGUCUUGGAGAACCUAGAUGCUGGAUACCGAGUCCUCAGAUGCGACCAUUCCCUUCUAGGUGGAGAAUGGUUGAUCACUGACGAGAGAAGAAAACAGGGUAUCACUACCUCUGAACCAAUCUACUCAGUUUUUGAGAUCUUGGAGGCUGUUCGCUUAAUCGAGACUUCCCACAGCGGUGCUCCGGACAACGAAAAGAAUGCGCUCGUAGUUGGUCUAGGCAUUGGAACUGCACCAAAGGCUCUUAUGGCACAUGGAAUCGAUACGACAGUCGUAGAGCUCGACCCUAAGGUUCACGAAUUUGCGACAAAAUAUUUUGACUUACCUACUAAUCAUGUCGCUGUGUUGGAAGACGCUGUGUCUUGGGUACAAAACGCAUCAACAAGUGCUACCAAGCAGUACGACUACAUCAUCCACGAUGUCUUUACUGGUGGAGCAGAACCUCUUCCCUUAUUCACAGACCAAUUUCUCGGUAACGUACGCUCCCUUCUGAAGCCUGAGGGUGUCGUUGCUGUCAACUACGCUGGUGAUCUUGCCGACUCUUCCACAAAACAAAUCAUCAAUACCAUCAACUUGGCUUUCGAUCGUCAAUGUCGGAUGUUCCGCGACACUGAGCAGUCCUCUGAGCAAUCUUCUGAGACUGAAGCCACCGAUUUUCUCAACAUGGUUAUUUUCUGCAAGAACACUGGCGGUGGCAAGCUGGAGUUCCGUGCACCCGUUGAGGCAGAUUACUUGGGUGCUGUGUCGCGCAGACACUAUCUUGCGCCAAAGAAGAAGCUCGAGUUGGAGUUCCCUACCGAGGAAGAGAUGCAAGAGGAGUCAGUUCAAACACUAACCAUGGACAAUCUGGGCGAGUUCAAGAAAAAGCAGAUCGAGUCUGCCAAAAGACACUGGAAAAUAAUGAGGCUGGUCGUGCCCGACUUUGUAUGGGAGCUCUGGUGA